AUGUGGUUGAUCGAAUGCAAGAAUCUUUUCCAAGAAGGCCAAGCAGCCGUGUUGUGUUCCCUCGCCGUGGCCUACUUUAUCUUCUACUAUUUCUCAGGAACAUUGUUCUUCGACAUCAUACAUUUCCUCCUCCACAAGUGCGCCAGGUCCCGCAUCAGACUGCUUCGUCAGAUCUCAAAAGUCCAUUCGGUUCAUCACUGGUACUUCGACAGGCAUUUGCAUUAUAAUGAAAAGUACCGCAUCUUGAAUGCCUUGACAAACCUCCCGCUAGAGCUGUCAUGUCAGCUCGUCGGAUCCUGGCUUUCGGAAAGAGCUUUAUCUUGGAUACUACAGAGAGAUCAGCGAGAGUUUGCGACUACCAUCCUCCAUCUUACUUUGAUCAUCGAAUUCAUCAGAGUCGUUGUUGUGAUCUAUCUAGGUGGCCGAGACACUAGCCACAUUUCCUUCCACUCCGUACCCAAGGACAGGGACUGGAUUUUGGUGGGACCCGAGUACCAUUCUCUCCAUCAUAUGUACCCCGAUCAGUUCAUGAGCUCCCUGUUCAGGCUGUUCGACUGGACCUUGGGAACUUCAUCCACGCUGAAGAACAAACGUAUCACUAUGACCGGGGUGAACGGCGCCUUUGGAGCGGCACUCAAGAAAGAGCUGAAAUCUGACGGCGUGGAGUCGAUCAAAGCGCUUCGGUAUGGAGUUGACUUUUUUGAUGAUGAUUCAGUUUCGGCAGAAUGCAUUAAGACGCUCCGAGAUACAGACAUUUUGAUUCUUGCUCAUGGUUUGAGGUACGGAGAUGUAAUGAAAGCCAACUACGAGACGAGCAGACGUCUUGUGGAACUGUUUGCUCAACACCGAAAGCCUCUUGAAAGUCGACGCCCACAGGAACUGCCCGAAGUGUGGUACGUCGGAAGUGAAAUUGAGAUACAUCCGAGCUGGGGAAGCAAAUCUCUCGGAGCGUACUCAGCAUCCAAACGGCGCUUUCUGCCUUUCGCAAAAUCGCUUUACGACAGCGAUUCGGUGGUCUACAGACACAUCGUGCUUGCCGCGUUCUCAUCCAGGAUGGGACCCGCUAUCGUGUCGGCCGACUGGGCAGCAAGGUGGACAAUGUGGUGGAUCAGACGAGGAUUGAAGUACGUUCCCGUAACUUACACCGGGUUUGCGUACCUUAACUUCUUCAAAUUCCUGUUCAAGAUCAAAGCGGAGGUGAAUGGGCUGCGAUUUAGUGGAGACGGGAUGAAGGUCGAAGGCAGUAAAGACGUGUAG